AUGGUGAAGGAGACGGAGUACUACGAUGUGUUGGGUGUGAGCCCCACCGCAACCGAGGCCGAGAUUAAGAAGGCUUACUAUGUCAAGGCUAGGCAAGUUCAUCCAGACAAAAACCAAAAUGAUCCUAUGGCUGCACAAAAGUUUCAGAUUUUGGGUGAGGCGUAUCAAGUGCUGAGUGAUCCAUCACAAAGACAAGCUUAUGAUGCCUACGGAAAAUCAGGAAUUUCAACAGAUUCGAUUAUUGAUCCUGCAGCAAUUUUCGCGAUGCUCUUCGGAAGUGAGCUUUUUGAGGAAUACAUUGGUCAGCUUGCCAUGGCAUCAAUGGCUUCCUUGGAUAUUUCCACAGAUGAAGCUGUUGAUGUGAAAAAGUUGCAGGAAAAAAUGCGGAAUGUCCAAAGAGAAAGGGAAGAGAAACUUGCCGGUAUACUUAAAGAUAGACUCAACCUUUAUGUCCAAGGGAACAAAGAAGAGUUCAUUCGUCAAGCUGAGGCUGAAGUAGCAAAGCUUUCCAACGCUGCUUAUGGUGUGGAUAUGCUGAGUACCAUUGGAUAUAUAUACUCAAGGCAGGCAGCAAAAGAGCUUGGGAAGAAGGUGAUGUACUUAGGCGUGCCGUUUGUUGCUGAAUGGUUUAGAAAUAAAGGACACUUUAUCAAGUCCCAAGUAACUGCUGCUACUGGUGCAAUUGCUUUGAUCCAGCUUCAAGAGGACAUGAAAAAGCAGCUUAAUGCUGAAGGAAAUUACACGGAAGAAGAACUCGAGGCUUACAUGCAAUCACAUAAGAAAAUAAUGAUCGACUCCCUCUGGAAACUCAACGUAGCCGAUAUAGAAAAUACCCUCUCCCGCGUUUGUCAGCUGGUUCUGCAAGAUAGCAAUGCAAAGAAAGAGGAGCUUCGUUUGCGCGCAAAGGGUUUGAAAACUCUAGGUAAAAUUUUCCAGAGAGUGAAAUCAGUUAACGACAAUGAGAAUCUCCCGACUGAGCUGAGCAAUUGUAAAUUAGGUGGAAAUGGAAAUGAACCGAGUAAUUGUGCUGUUUCUUCCAACACACGUGAAAGAUCUUUAAACAAUGACGAGCCUAACUCAGUAGCGGCACAGAGCCCAUAUGUGGAGACUCCCCAAUAUGCUGGAGCUCCAUUCAAGUUCCCAAUGCCAACCGCACCACCUGGUGUUAACAAGCAACCAUAA